GGAGGCCAGCGCCAUGAAGGUGUCUAUGGCUUUAGAGGUCUUGAUUCUCCUUGUUGCCUUGACUUGGUCUCAUGCUGAGAAAAUCUAUGUGAAAAUAAGUUGUUCUCUGGACUGGGUGAUGGUCUCUGUCAGCCCGUGUGCAUACAAUCGGUAUAUACUAUCUGAGGAAUUAUCUCUGGGGAGCGGUUGCCCUGUGACUCGGAUACAGACAUACAUAUAUGAUUUUGUAUACUCUGUUCAUGACUGUGGCGUCAGAACAAAGGUCAUUUCAGAGUAUACUCUCCUUAUUCAAACUGAGCUACACUAUAUUCCUAUAAAUACACACUGGGACAGUGAGACAAUCCCCCUGGAGUGUCUGACCUCUCGGAAAUCAGUGUGGCUUAUACCAGUUUCUACAGAGGAUGAAAUAAAAGUGGAUCCCAGUCCUUUUAUGACUGACUUUGAGACUACACCAGAGGAGAUAGGAUUACUAAGUGACUCCCUCGUUAAAGAGAAAUGGAAAACUGGAAAUGGACUCACAAAAUUUGCUAGAAAAACAAAGUUUUUUUCAUGCAAAAGAAGUAAUUGGUAUCAACCAUACUUCAGAUGUCAGAGUCCCUUAAAAUCCUAAUUCACUGGAGUUCCUGACAUAAUGAAGUGAUCCGGCAACAUGUUCUCCAUGACAACAACUUGAUCAAUUUCACAGGAGCCUUCAAGAAAUAUGUUCUAAAUUUUUUUUUGUAAAAGUAGAAAAUUGUUGUAUAUAAGGGCCAGAUAGUGCAUGUUGUACAGAAUUUAAGAUGUAACAUCUUAACUCCCAGGAAAGACAAAGGGCUUUUAUGUGAGGAUAAUUUAUCUUGUGUGGGUCCUCCUAAUUAGUAAUGUUGAGUCCUAAAAAUAACUCAGUAUACAUUCUAUUUGAAUAAUUGUUGUAGAAAGAAGUUAGAUUCAUUGUAUAGAAUUUAAGGGAUGAUUCCCUUCACUGAAAUUUGAUGUCAGAUGUUUCUUUCUCCUUGAUUUAAUUCUCCUAUACUUGAAAUGGCUUGUGAUGACUCUCCCACACUUGAAAUGACUGAUUGUGAUGAUUCUCCCACACUUGAAAUGACUGAAUUUGUCAAGCAUCAAAUCAUUCUGCCACUUAAGAACAAGCCAUUAGUUGAUCAAAUGUUGCUUAUGGUUGUUUACUUACUGCUAGUUGGCAGAACAGUGGUACUCUCUGUCACUCUACUGCUACCCUCAUUUGUCAGCAAAAAAUGGGACUACUUUGCUCCUACUCAAAACUCUUAUCGGCAAAGGGGAACUAAAUCCAGCAACUCUGGUAUCAUAGGGAUAAUACCAACACGGCAAGCAAUGAUAUUUAAUAAAUGGAUUAAAGCAAGCAAGCCAGGAAAAAGAAAUCACUCUGAAAAUAGUCUAAUGUAUUAUCCCUUGUGAAUAAAUGGCUAGAAU